AUUGAAGAUCCAGGUUGCUUCUGGGUUGUUAUAAAAGGAUGUAAUCCCUUUUUAGAUGAUGAAGUUGACUAUCAAAAACUAAAUAGUGCCAUGAAUGACUUCUAUAAUAGCAUGUGUCAAGAUAUAGAAAUAAAACCACUAAAGUUGGAAGAAGGGCAGGUUUGUGUGGUUUAUUGUCAGGAACUAAAGUGCUGGUGCAGGGCAGUUAUUAAGUCAAUCGUGUCUUCAGCAGACCAUUACCUCGCAGAGUGUUUCCUAGUGGAUUUUGCCAGAUACAUUCCAGUGAAAUCCAGAAACAUCCGAGUUGCCAUAGAAACUUUUAUGCGGCUUCCCUACAGAGCAAAAAAAUUCAGACUGUACUGCACAAAACCUGUCACAUUGCACAUUAACUUCUGUGAAGACAGUGCUGAAAUUGU